CCAGGAGGCACUCGGAGGUCUAGUCUCUUCCACUGGGAGUGUUGUGUCCUCUGCUACGUCAUCCCCGCAGAGAGUCGCAUCUAACAUCCGUGGGUUCCUCUCCGGCAAACUCGGAUCGUCCUUUAGCGACACAGGUUUGUGAUCUUCCUGGAAGUGCCUGUCUGUCCACAUCCUUGAAGAGGAGUCCAUCCCCGAGAAUCCGCCCAAAGUCUCCGCGGACGCUUCAACGACAUAGAAGACAUCAAAGACGCUAUUCUCGGAGAACGCCAAAAUGCAGAACAUUUACAUAAGCACGACGAAAGAAGAGGCAGUGAUAGUAUUUGGACCCCUAUAUUAAUUUAAUAGACUUACAGUGAAACAAUUUAUGUAUCAUGAAUUUUGCAAGAUGUUUGAGUAUAAGGAUACAAUCCACUCACAUGUAAGAUUUAAAAGAUAACGUAUCUUCCUUUGGUAUAAGCGCACAAACAUAGCCUAAGAUGGAUUCAUUAAAUCCUUUGAGAGCUUGUUGGGACAAGUUUGGGACACUCAAUGUCCCUGUAGUUAACUUAGAGGUUAAGGAGGUGAAAGACAUAGUAUGGGACAAACUUCAAGAACCAAAAUCCCAGAGAAAACUGAUUUUAGUAAUAGUGUCUAUAGCACUGUUGCUAGACAAUAUGUUGUACAUGGUUAUAGUUCCCAUUAUUCCGGACUAUCUGAGGUACAUAGGCGCCUGGGGAGACGAACCUUACAAUGCAUCCAUCAAAGGUCCAAGAUCUCACCACGGACAAGACCAAGCCACUGGAGUUCUGUUCGCUUCCAAAGCAAUAGUGCAGUUAAUGGUCAACCCAUUCUCCGGAGCACUUAUUGAUAGGAUAGGAUAUGAUCUUCCUAUGAUGAUAGGGCUUUGUAUCAUGUUCUUAUCCACAGCAGUUUUUGCUUGCGGUAGAAGUUAUGGAGUACUAUUCUUCGCUAGGAGUCUGCAAGGAGUUGGUUCAGCUUUCGCUGACACGUCAGGCUUAGCAAUGAUAGCAGACAGAUUUACCGAAGAAUCAGAAAGAUCUAAAGCUCUUGGUAUUGCUCUAGCUUUCAUAAGUUUCGGGUGUUUGGUCGCUCCUCCAUUCGGUGGUGCAUUGUAUCAGUUUGCAGGAAAGGAAGUGCCUUUCCUCAUCCUGGCUUUUGUUUCUUUGAUGGAUGGAUUUAUGUUGCUACUUGUCAUGAAACCGUUUAAGGAAUCGAUGAGGGACAAAAGAGAAGUAGGUGCAGCACCGACUGUACCGAUAUGGAGGUUGUUCAUGGACCCCUACAUCGCUGUAUGCGCGGGAGCCUUGAUGAUGUCCAACGUCGCUUUGGCCUUCUUGGAACCUACAAUAUCCCUCUGGAUGGAAGAUAACUUGACAACUGACAACUGGAAGAUCGGAAUGAUAUGGUUACCCGCUUUCUUUCCCCAUGUGUUAGGAGUGGUCGUCACAGUGAAGAUGGCCAAGCAGUAUCCUCAAUACCAGUGGCUCAUGGCGGCUGGCGGUUUAGCAUUAGAAGGUCUGUGUUGUUUCAUGAUCCCCUUCUCCAGUAGCUACAAGAUGCUGAUGAUUCCAAUAUGUGGUAUCUGCUUUGGAAUCGCUUUAAUAGACACGGCUCUCCUUCCCACCCUAGGGUAUCUUGUCGACGUCAGGUAUGUCUCCGUGUACGGUUCGAUCUACGCCAUCGCCGACAUUUCUUACUCCCUAGCUUACGCUAUCGGACCAAUCAUCGCUGGAGGAGUAGUUGAAGCCAUCGGAUUCACAGCCCUCAACGUAGGUAUAGCGUUUUCGAAUCUCCUUUACGCCCCAGUUUUAGUAUAUCUUAGGCACAUAUAUGACUUCAAGCCUUUCGAAAAUGAAGCGAACAUUCUGAUGUCCGAUCCCCCCGAUAAGCAGUACCAGACUUACACGAUGCACGACCAACAGCCCGUCCAGGGAGACUACAAGAACCAUCUGGAAUACUCCAAGUACCAGGAGAACGAUACGAGUUACCAGGACGGUCAGAUGCAGGAGACGAACUUAGAUCAGGCCAAAGUCACGUCCGAUACGGGUUAUCAGUCCAACAACUACAACCAGUACCAACGAAACGAACCUACAUACCAGUACCAGCAACAAGGCUACCAGCAGAACCAACCGUAUCAGCGACAACAGCCAGAGCCUCCUAGGAGUGACACGAACCCGUUUAGAAGUGCCACUGAGUCUGGAGGUGAUAGUAACCCCUUCAGACAGGGCAUGGGGUACCAGUAGACGAAAAAGUUUUGUACCAAAACCUUCUACGUUGAUUUUCUAUAUAAUUGAGUUGUAUCGAUCUUUUGUAAAUUGAAUGCGGUUUACAUGUUAAGUGUAAUCAGCUUGUUGCUGAAGAUUUAUAAAUAUGUUGAAGCGUUUAUGCGUGUCUGUUAUGAUGCUGGGUAUAUUUUAUUUUUAUGUUUUGUGGCACUGUUUAUAACGCACUUACUGUAUUAACAUAUCACUGUUAUAAUCUAAGAGAUUUAGUGUUUGUAUAAUCUGCCUUGGCACUGCCUUACAUCUGUUGACAUCGAAUUUUGUAAAAAAAACAUAUAAUUUUAGUGUUUUAGAGUUGUUAUAAAGUCUUGUAAAUUGAACAGAAAAUUAAAAUUUUUACAGGAAUGGAUAUCUGGUUUGAAUCACUUUAAAGGAAUAAAUUUGUUCGUUUCUUACUAAGUUAACCUAUGUAACUGCGUCCUUGUAAGUAAUCAUAAGAACUAUUUUAUUUGCAAGUAAAAUUUUGUGUGCAAACCUCCUGUAAUAAUUUUGCACAAUAUAACUUGAUAUAAAAUUACAAAUCCAACUGAUCAUUAAAUAGGUAUAGAUAGAAACAACUUUCGAGCCAAAAAGUGUAAACACCUGAGUAUGAAAAUAAAAAAAUGUGUCUUUAAAAAAUAAUGGUGAAUUGGUUGGUUGUCAUAUUUAUACUAUAUUUUUCAAUUCUUAUUCAUAACUAAUUGUAUUGUAUAUCUUCAAACAUCCUCUUCUUAGGAUGCAAGUCACUUUUAUGGCAAAUAAUGUUGUAGUAUACAACUAUCUAGAUUUCAAUAUUACAUUAAAUUAAAUUACAAGAACAUUAAAUUAGAACUCUUAUAUUUUCUUUUAGGUGGCAUACACUUAUUAUUAGAAGUAACAUUUUGAUUAAAUUGAAUACAGUUUUUCAUGCAAAACGGAAGUAUUGUCAGUUGAAAUUUAGAGUCAGUUGAACGAAAGUUCAAUCUUAACCCAGUCAUUGCAACAGUCAAUCCAAUAAACACACUGAACAAUUUAAAACGUGUAAUAUUGACCAAUCACUGACUCCAGUCUUCUAUACGCGCUGUAUCAUACAGUUUUGUAUCCGACCAUUGACGGGUUUAGAUUGAAUUUUGAAAUGCAAAACAGGGAGGAAUGGUUCACAUCGUUUAUCGAUAGACACUUGUUAUAUAGCAGUUUCAUCAUACUUGUUCUAUAACAAAACAGAGUAAGAAGCUUUUAUAACAACAAAAUGCUCUCAGGGUCAAUAGUUUCCUUUUAUGGCUCAAGAAGGCUAUCUAUGAGUAAAAUCACAUGAAUAAGAGUCAGCUGUUUUCUUAUAAUUACUUAAAUAUAUUUUUAAAUAAGGCAGUGUCAUUAUGUAAAUUUUUAUCACUAGUCAGUGUAUGUAAGUAAGUAUAGGUAUGUAUGUAUGAGUAGCUUUUAAGUUAGCAAGUAAGGAGCAGCCAAGGACGACAAAUACAUAUCAAGACAUCUCCGAUCCUUUGGUCGGAAGUCUACCAAGUGACUUGAAGGGAUUACCUUCUCUAUUAGGAUAGACAUAUUGCAUGUAUUUUGUAUUCUUAUCUAAGCAUUACCUGUUGCACAGCGGUUUUAUACAUUACUUAAGUCAAGAAGUGCACUGGAUAUAUUACCGAUAGUGUUCUUAUGGUGCACAAUAUAUUUUGAUAAUAUUUUUAAUUACUUGCACAAUUACUAGUGUUUUAUUUACUACUACUACUUAAUAAUGUAUGUUGCACAAACGGUUUUAUUAUUAAAAUCAAUAAUUUUGCAGAGGAGCGUAAUAAUUUACUAAUUUAGCGAUUUAUUGUGGAUUAUUUAUAAUUUUUAACGGUAAAAAAUAAUUAAAAACGAUACACAUAAUCUUUGUUUUAUUAUUGGAAUCAUUUUGGAGAGAACAGUAAGAGUGCGUAAUCAGCGAUAAAUUAAUGCCAUAUUACUUAUUUAUAUUUCCGACCUCCUUAGAUAGUGGAGUAUCUUUUAUCCGCUUUCAACUCGAUCCGUAAUUUAAAUUAACUACGUAUAAUAUUACGCGUAAUUGUAAAUGUAGUAUUUAUUACACUAAUUUUAUUAUAUCUCUUUAAAAACAAAUAUUUUUUUACUGUAGUCUGUAUACUGUUUACUGUAUAUUUAAGUUUAAUAGUUUGGAAAGUUAUAACACUCAAGAAUACGCGAGUCAAAAUAUAAUAUGAAACUAAUUUGAAGGUUAAAAUGAAUUUACAUUUUAUGAAGUACAUUUUAUUUUAAAAAUAACGAUAAUAUUAUUAAAACUUUUACUUUAUAAAUUAUCGAUUACUAAUCUCUACAGAUCAAAGUCACUUAUACGAAUAAACGUAGCGCCAGUACAGUCUGGAGUAAAAAUUAUGCUGAAAUUUUCAUAUUUAAAGGCUGGAUAAAUGGUUAUACAGAUAAUCGAAGAUCGAAUGAACGAGAUAAUCCCUGCCUCGGGUUACUGCUUUUUACAGAAGAAUAAUUUAUUGCUUUCACUUUUAAAAUCUUGAAAUAUUUUAUCCUCACUGGUUAGAAAAGAGUUAAACCAAAACUGGCAGGACCAUAAACUACUCGGAGCGCAAAACUGAUAGGGAAAUAGCUUACUCCAGAUUAUUACAUUUGGAUCCUGUGAUAAAGAAUAAUAUGUUUUGAUUAAUCACUGAAACAUAUUGAUCAGAUUGAUCGGUUAUUGAUUAAACUAAUCAAGAAAAAGUUCCGCCCCCUGUACUCACCUGCGGACGUUUAUUAUUGUACCCGCCUAUUAUUGUUUUAAAGCAUAUCUUCAGAAAAAAUUAAGAUACAAACUUGAGAUUUUUCUCGAAACUUACAUUUAAAUAUACAACUUCGAGGAUGGUGCGUGUAUAUAUUAGGAUUUGGAUGAGCGUUAGCGAAUCAAUGACGAGGAUUCUAAGAACGAUUUGGGCUAAAGAUUUGAAUUUUAGUAUGCAACUUCUUUUUUUCAAAGACAGGAUCGCGUUCCAUGGUGGUCCAUGUCCUUCCAUGUGAUGUAUCUAGAUCAAGUCUUAGUGAAGCUUGUUACGUAACAUGUAGACUGAUGUGCUAUUACCUUGCUUUUAUACUUAUUUAUUUUAUACAACAGUAACAUUAUUCACAGAUUUGAUUUCAUAUAACAUUUUCUUUCAUAGAUUUAAUAAUAAUACAUUUAAUUAAAACACAAUAAACCGUAAUUAAAUUAAUAUUAAUUAAGUAAUUUCAAUUUUAAAAAAAUACCUUAAAUUACGCUCCUUUGCCGCUUUUUGUAGUCUUAGUAACUUAGACUAAGUACGCACCUGUGACAGGGCGUCAACUUGAAUCGUAUACAUAUCAAUGAAGCCUGACACUAUAGUGUAUGUCAAUAAUUUUGCUCAUGUUUAAGGUUUGUAUUCUUCUUCUCUGGCAGGUUACGAUUAUUGUGGCAGGUUAUGAGCAAUAUUCUUUUCACUAUGGUCGCUAUCAGAGAUACUUUAAAACACAACACAUUUUUAUGGUGAAAUAUGAAGUGAUUUAAAUAAAACUAAAGAACUAAUAGAAAUAUCCACAACAAAUAUCACUAGAACUGUAUUCAAAUAUAUUUCGUAAUUAUUAUUAUUGCGAACACAUUUACGAAAAAUGUUUCUCGUAUCAAUACAACGUUGUAUCAAAUUAGCGUUUGAAGAAUUUUGAAAUAAUAAUUACGUAUUUGGAGCUGUGAAUAUAAUUUGGGUGGAUAGAAGAUACGGUAUAAAAGUUAUAAUACUGAAUUUGGAAGAAUAAUGACAUAACUGUCAGUAGCUCUAAGAUAAUUAGCUUAAAAACUUUCAGGACAUAAAAUUAGUGUGUCUUAAAUAAAAUACUAUCAUAAAACAUAUCAUUUGAAUUUUUACAAAAGCCAACAAGUGUAAUGCUGACGGAAAAUUCUUUGCACCAGAGUAUUUGAAUUACGAACUCUUCUGCAUCACUAAAUUACGAAUUAAAAAGUUUUUUUAAUAUAUUUUAUGUGAGUUCAUGUGAACAUCAAUCAUCACGAUCAUUGUACUCUUUAUCACUUUCGUUAUUCGUAAAUGUCACUAAAUUUCUAUAGAAUCACAACCUGCAGUGAUUGAAAGCUAAUUGUUCCAAUUUACAGGUUCGAUCUGUAUCUAUCUAUAAAAUUAUUGUUACUCAUCACUAAAUGCUUUAUAUCACUACCUAUAUCCAGUUUGCCUAAUUCAUAUCACGUUAAAUGGAAGGAAGCGAGGUCUAUUUUUGAAGUUCUCUAUAUAAUACAUCGUAAACUCUGUUUUCGUCAUUAAAUAAUGGUUCUUAUCACUAAACAUCAUCAUAUCUUUAAGGUUAAACCUAUUUCAGUUUAGUGUACUGUCUUGAUUAGUCCCAUGCUCCAUUAUACUGUUGCUCUGUUACUAUUCAUCACUAAGUCGUAAGUUGUACUAAAUGUCUGAAACCAAAAUUGGCCGCAUUAACAUCUGAACUCAUUAUAUCCAGUGUCUGAGAGCUGACCGUAUCGUUUGUUAUUAUUUUUUGGGAGAAGCAGAUCAUCUUUUAAGCCGUGUCCUGCCCGUCCUUUUGGGCUAUUAAAGGUUGUGCGGGGAUCUUAUCGAAGAAAAUAAGGGGGGGGAAUCGAUACAAUACAAAGUCUAUGAUACUGAUAAAUGUGCUUAGGUCAAAGACAGUAUUUGAACCUCCGCUAUAUCUAACUCCAUCCAUAGUCCGCUCGACAUCGGCUCUCCCAACUAACAUCGGCACUCCCAACUAACAUCGGCACUCCCACUGUACCUCAUCACUAACUCAAAUAACUGCAUACAACUUAGAGUGACACUAAAAUUUGCACAUCAAAGCCCACUUUCUUUCCUUCCUCGCACUCUAUUACAGAACCAGGUUUAAUUAUUACUCAUAAAUACUCGUAACUAGUGAAUAUCACCAAAUACUUGCAUCAUCACAUUUCUUCAACCCACAUUCUGCAUAUCACACCGUGUUCUGUGAUAUAGGCUGACUGUAUUCAUAUUAGCGUGCUUGUAGUCAGUUAUACACUCUUCUACUGUACCAUUCGUUUUAAAGCAAUAACUGUACUUGUACAUAUACCUCCCAUAUGACUGUGUGCUUGUGAGUACGACUGUGUGAACGAUCAAAUUAAUUAUGUUUGUUUUUAUUUGGUUUUUACCAAAGAUUUAAAUUUUGAUGAAUAUAUUUUAAACAAAAAAUGUUUUUAGUUAAAAAAAUAAAAAAAAUUCUUAUUCAGAGCAGCUUGAGGUCAUCUUAGCUACUACUGGAGCCUAAAAGGUAAAAUACUUAGAUUAUUUAUUAAGCUACUUUGGUUUGUUUAAAUAAGUUCUGUUACAAAUUAGAACUUUAUUAGUAUUUUUAAACAAAGUGUUCAAAACACGUUUUUGAGGAAACUUUUACAUUAAAAUAAAUGUCUGCUAUUUUAUUAGUUUUGAUGAAAACAAUGGCAAGUAAGCCUGUCUGCUGUAUUUCUCUUGUUGUGUAUUCUACUACUUAAUAUUUAGACGCAAUGAACACUGUAUAGACUGUCCUGUAUAUUAGCUGUGUAUAUACCUGUUAUGUGUGUAUUGUACUAUAGAUCUGUUACUAGCUGCUGCUAUCUGUAUAUUGUGAUAGUAGAUUCUUAGAUAACGCCAUGUUAUUGCAAUAUACCACCACACUCAGAUCUCCUGAUAUGUUAUAGGCUUUAAUUUAUGUUUGUUAAAUUAAAUUUUAUAUUGUUACGUUUUUAAUAUAUUUGUUGAUUUUACUAUUUUGAAUAUCUUGUGAUUCAAGCAGGUACAAUUAUUUUAGUUAGUUAAGUUGUAAUGGUACCUUAUUAUUUCUGUUGCAUGUAUGUCAAAAUAUAUACUCUGUUUUAAAAUAUUAGUUAAACCAUAAUAAAACUGGUUUUAGAAUUUUCUGAAUUUUUACUAAAAACUAUCAAAACAUAUUAAAUUUUAGACUUUGCGAUUUUUUACAAUCUUUUUUACAAUAUCUGGAGUGAUUUUCUGAGUCUAAAUAGACGUACCUCUAUAGAAUGAUGAUUGUAACUGUUAUUGUAAUUUUACAAACUACGUUGUAAAUUUUUAUGAAUUAAUAUUAUAUUUCUUGUGAUGUUCAGUGGUAAUUAAUUGAAAUAUAAUCAUUGUAACCUUUCUUUAUUUAUUCAU